AUGACUCGAAAAAAUUCAAACAUUAAGUUUUUAACAAAUAUCAUUAAUUCACCUAAGUCAACUCCAGAAAAGAUUAAGAAUGCUUUCUUUAAGUAUAUUAAACACACCCGAAAGUUUUAUGGCCGUCAAUUAAAUCGAAAUGAUAUAUCAAGUGAAGAUUAUUCUGAUAAUAUCGAGCUUCUAGACGCAUUAAAAGAUCGAAUAAAUUUAAUGUUUAUAAAAAUUCAAAGAUUAGAAGGAAGAAACAGAAGAUUAGAGACAAAGGAAAUUAAUCUUCAGGCCGAAAUAAAUUCAUUAAAAAAAGAAAACAAAGAUUUAAUAAAAGAAAACGAAACUUUAAAGAAGGAAAAUGAAGCAAUCAAACAUGCCGUUUCACAUUUAGAUGAGAUAUAUAGAAAUAAUGAAGUACAAUAUGAAA